AUGUUGAGUGCAGAUGCAGGCCUGCACGAGCAUGUGGCGUUGGCUGCGGAGAAAUCAGGCAUCGCCAAGCAGCUGAAGUCUGAGCUGCGCUUCCGGCUCAUCCAGUCGCUUCACAAGGCAUCGCACCUGAAGGCCUUGGAAGUGGAUGACCGGCUGCCACUGGCAGAGCGUGCCCAGUUCAGUUUGAUCCUGGAGUUCCUGCGGCACCGCAGCAAGGAUUGUAGUCUGUCUGUGCUUCUGCCGGAGUGUGGCAUGGCUGCGGCCGAUGUGUUGACACCCGACGAGGUGAAGCAGACCUUGUCCCUCCAGAGGAUUUUCGCUUUGGCAGACGACCAAGACUCGGGCAAAGAACCCUUGCUCGUCCGUGUUUUGGAUGCACUAGCCAGAGCACGGCCGCCCCAGGGAACUGUGGCAAUCCAGACUGAGAAAGAAGGCUUGGGCCAGAGUCUGGAUGAGAAGCUCCGGGCAUGUGUUGUGCCAUCGGAUCGAGACCGCCGAUCUGCGGAGGAGCGCAUGCUGCAGUUCCAAGCACGCUGCGAGGCCACUGUCCGGAGAGAAGCCGAGGCAGAGCUGGCCCGGAUCCGCAUGCUGGAGCGGGAGCAGAUUGCCUUGGAGGAGGCUGCCAAAGGCAGGGCUGAGUUGCAGGAGGCCAUGGCCAGGGUAAAGCUUGAGCUUGCGGAGCGCGAGGAGCGCUUGCGCCAACGCGAGCGCCUGGCUGCCGAGCGGAACCGCGCCAAGGAGGUGGAGCUAGAGAAGAAAGCAGUCGAGUGGCGCACAGCCGCACAACGAGUCAUCGAUGAGGAGCAGCAGCGCCAAUCCACAAGAGCAAAGCAUCUUGAUGUCGAAGAGAAGCGUUUGCAGAUCCUCCAGCAGGGCCUGGAUCGCAGGGAGCAAGACCUGAAGAACGCAGAGGAGCGCAGCGCGACGCUGGCCGGGGAGUUGUCGCGAAAGGCAGAGGAGGCCCACCAGGCCGCCAAGCUGGCGGCCCAGACGGCUGUGGCGACGGAGAAGGAGGAGCUGCAACGGCUGCGGCUCUCCCUGGAGAGGGAGAAGCUUCAGGUUGAGGCAGCGCGGGGCCAGGACGAAGCUUGCAAGGACAGGCUGGCCUCGGAGGCAGCGGCGGCUGAGCGGGCCGCGACCCAGGCCAGAGCAGACGCCAGGGAAGUGGACGAGCGCCUGGCGUGCCGGAACCGCGAGCUGGAAGAUGCACGGCAGCAGAUCCACGUCCUGAAGGUGGCUGCGGAGCAGGUGGUUGCCUUGCAGCACGAGCUGGAGUCUGUCCGCUCUGAGAAGUCUGCAUUGCAGAAUGCCAUGGACACACACAAGCAGUCCCGGAACUUGCUGGAGUCCAGCUUGGAGCAGCUCCAGCGAGAGAAGGCGCAGUUGAGCACGGAAGUCGAGAAGCUCCGGAGCCAGCAGGCGAAGCUGGAGGACGGCGGGUUGCAGAAGGCUCAGGAGCUGCAGGCAGCUCUGGCGCAGGAGGUCUCAAAUGCCAAGCUCCUGAAGGAGCAGCUUGCAGCUGGGAAGGGCCUUCAAAGGGAGGCACAAGAUGGGGCAGCAUCGCGGCAAUGGUGGGCGAAUGCAGUGAGAAAUUUGGAGCAUGAGAUUCUCUCUGGAUUUACCUCCGAUGACAGCUCUGUACACGAACGCAAGGGGCGCAGCUCCCGUUCGCCAAAACGAGCAUGGCUGCAGUCGCUGGGAAGUGGCCUUGGUCAUUUGCAGCAUGAGAAGCUCCGCUUGAGCCAUGAAGUUGACAGGCUCCGAGGCAGGCUGAACAGAUUCGAGGUGGGACCGCAGCUUCAGCAGGCUGCUGAUGCCCAGAUGACCACCAGCGUGCGGGAGUGGUACUCGGGGUACUCGGGGCAUGUUGCUGACUCCGACUUAUCGGAUUCGAGGACGAUGUCAUUUGCGAGCGAGAAUGCGUGGGAGACGGACAAGGUGGUGUUCGACAGCCCGCAGCGGGUCAGGCAGAAGAGCCCGAAGGACUCAGAGGCCACACCAAAGCCUGCCCGCAAUGCAGCACUCCCAUCGAAGACCGGGGGCUUCGAGAAUGACGCAAGAGAAGAAGAGGGGGCUGCGGAGCGUGAGGAGAGCUUGCGCCAGCGCGAGCGCUCUGCGGAGCGCAACGCCCAGGAAGUGGCGCUUAAGAAGAAAGCAGCCGAGCGGCGCACAUCCGCACAACGAGUCAUCGAUGAAGAGCAGCAGCGCCAAUCCACAAGAGCAAAGCAUCUUGAUGUCGAGGAGAACGCAGCCCACCGCCGGCCGCUGAGUUGCCGCGAAAGGCGGAGGAGGAGCGCAGCCCACCGCCGGCCGCUGAGUUGCCGCGAAAGGCGGAGGAGGAGCGCAGCCCACCGCCGGCCGCUGAGUUGCCGCGAAAGGCGGAGGAGGAGCGCAGCCCACCGCCGGCCGCUGAGUUGCCGCGAAAGGCGGAGGAGGAGCGCAGUACACCGCCGGCCGCUGAGUUGCCGCGAAAGGCGGAGGAGGUAG